AUGCGGCGAACUUUGGUAGGCAAUGGAUGGGGGUCCUCAGUCCUCGGUAUAGCUUCCAGACACCUCACCAAGGCAAGCUCUACAACGACAGCUACUCGAUCGCAGACAACCGGACUUUUCCAUAUACCCAAGAGGCACAAUUCGAGCUUCAACAGCCCUCCAAAUCCCUCGAAAUUCCCCUUACAACCUAAUACACCCCGCCUUACAAAGCUUCUUUCCCAACCUCGAACAGGCUUAACAUCUCCAUGGCACCCUGCAAUAUCACCAUUACGACCUUUCAAUAGCACAUCCCACCUGCGGGAUACGCCGAAAGAUUCCAUACGAGACGCGCCGAAAGAGACAGAUCGCCAAGACCAGAUAGAGAAAGCGCGGGCGCGGCGCGAGGAGGAGGAAGAAGACCAGCUCGAUGAAGAUGAAGGAUUUCAGCGGAGCGAAAAGGCUUCCAAAGCCGCACAAGUGAACCUGAGUGCCCGACUUUCGAGUACCAAGGCGCAGAAGAAUUCGGCGGGAUUCGGGGAGAUAUGGAGGCUAAUCAAGAUCGCAAAACCAGAAGCUAAAUGGCUGGGUCUAGCAUUUGCGUUCUUGUUGGUAUCGUCUGCUAUUACGAUGUCCGUUCCGUUUUCUAUUGGCAAAAUAUUGGAUCUUGCAACGAAGGAUCCCUCUGAGGGCAAUACGUUGUUUGGCCUCGAGAUGCGUGAAUUCUAUAUUGCUCUGGGGUGUGUUUUGACAAUGGGCGCUGCCGCAAACUAUGGACGUAUCAUUAUCCUACGAAUAGUGGGAGAGAGAAUUGUUUCUAGGCUACGGUCUCAGCUGUACAGACGGACAUAUGUUCAAAAUGCCGAAUUCUUUGAUGCAAACCGCGUUGGAGAUCUCAUUUCACGUCUGAGUUCCGAUACUGUUAUUGUGGGCAAGAGUAUUACCCAGAAUCUAUCUGAUGGAUUGAGGGCACUUGUGAGUGGUGGAGCUGGAUUCGCGGCUAUGGCCUGGGUUAGCUUGAAGCUCACAAGUAUCUUGUUGCUCAUGUUCCCUCCAGUAGCCAUAGGAGCAUUCUUCUACGGACGGAUGAUUCGGAAUCUGAGUAGGAAGAUCCAACGAAAUCUUGGAACGCUGACAAAGAUUGCGGAAGAGAGACUUGGCAACGUACGAACUAGCCAAGCAUUUGCUGGAGAAACCCAAGAGGUUGGGCGAUACAAUCAUCAAAUCAAGAAGAUAUUCGCGUUGGGAAAGAGAGAAGCGAUUAUCAGCGCUACAUUUUUCAGUACCUCUGGAUUCUUUGGAAAUAUGACAAUUUUGGCUCUGUUAUACUCUGGAGGAUCUAUGGUGAAGAAUGGCACGAUCAGUAUUGGAGACCUCACUUCAUUCUUGAUGUAUACUGCCUAUGCAGGAUCAAGUUUGUUCGGUGUUUCCAGCUUCUACUCUGAGCUCAUGAAGGGAGUCGGAGCCGCCAGUCGAUUGUUUGAACUGCAAGAUCGCAAGCCAACGAUUCCUGCAACGAUUGGUACCAAAGUCAUAUCCGCACAAGGGCCAAUCAAAUUCUCGAACGUCCAUUUUGCCUAUCCUACGAGGCCGGCCGUCAAGAUCUUUGAUGGCCUAGACUUUGAGAUUCCAUCUGGGACUAACGUUGCCAUCGUGGGACCUAGUGGUGGUGGGAAGUCGACCAUCGGAUCGAUGCUUUUGAGAUUCUACAGCCCAACUGAGGGUUCAAUAUCGAUCAACGGGACAAACGUCUCAGACAUGAACGCCAAGUCCCUUCGCCGAAGAAUCGGCAUGGUUGGACAAGAGCCAGUCUUAUUCUCCGGUUCUAUCGCAGACAACAUCGCAUACGGUAAACCCCAUGCAUCACGUUCAGAGAUCAUCGCCGCAGCACGAAAAGCAAACUGCCAAUUUAUCAGCGACUUCCCCGACGGCCUUGAUACAUCCGUCGGAGCCCGCGGCGCUCAACUCUCCGGAGGACAGAAACAACGUAUUGCUAUCGCGCGAGCCCUGCUUAAGAACCCCGACAUCCUCAUCCUUGACGAGGCUACCUCGGCUCUUGACGCCGAGUCCGAGACACUCGUCAAUUCCGCUCUUGCAGCACUACUCCGUGGUCACAACACUACCAUCUCUAUCGCGCAUCGUUUAUCAACUAUCAAGCGCUCAGACCGCAUCAUCGUCCUCUCAAAUGACGGCAAAGUCGCCGAGACAGGCACAUACACAGCGCUAUCCCAAGACCCACACUCAGCGUUCUCAAAACUAAUGGAGUGGCAAAUGAGCGGCGGGGACGCGGCAGAUAAGCGGGCUACGGAACCCGAGGGGCAUCUCACGGAGACAGAGGAGAUUGCGGAUGAUUUAGAGAAGAUGGAUGAGGGUGAAUAUGAGGGGUUGGACGAAGAGCGUGGCGAUAUUAAAACGGGCACGCUAGAGAAGGGAGAUAAAUGA